AUGGAUAAUAUUUGCCGCCUGUGCUGCUCUACAAAAUUCGUAAAUAAUUAUAUUUUCGAUGAGGAAAACGCUCUAUUUUUAAAAAUGUCAUUAUAUUUGCCGAUUAAGGUGCUGAAAGAGGACCGGCUACCUCAGAAAGUUUGUGACAAAUGCAGCUGCAAAGUGAACGAUCUCUACCAAUUCUGCAAUGAAGCUAUUGAAGUUCAAAACAGGUUAAAAAGUUUUCUGUCAACGGCUCAAUUUUUUGUCAACAAUACAGUGGACUUAACAGUAAUCAAACAAAAUUGCAAAUCACCCCCUCCACUACGCACCUGUAAUCAAAGUACACAGACAGAGGAUGACUUUUCCAAUGUGCUAAAAGUUAAAGAUGAACCAAAUGUACCACUGCCAAUUAUUAAAAAAGAGAGUAAUUACUUUGAAGACAAUGAUGAUUUCACACAAGGUGACCUGCCUUCUGACAAUAGUGAAGAAGAGUUUCUUAUUGAAAUCAAAAAGAAAAAGAAAAAUGAGAAUCAUUCCACAACAGAAGUUGUUAAAGCAACUCGUGGAAGGAAACCAAAGACUAAAAUUCAUAACACAAUGUUCAAUAUAUUUGAAAACAAUGGUCUCAGUGUUAUACAUGAAGAAAAUAUGGAUCUGGAUUUGGUGAAGGAAGAAAUGGAGCUAAAGCCUCCAGAACUAGAUGUGGACUCGUUGGAGAAUGCCAAUGGAGACUUGUUCAUUUGCUGCAUGUGCUUCACUCAGUGUGAAUCAAGAUCAGCGUUGUUAACACAUUACAGGGCGCACGGGCGCAAGGGCAAGGCGGCGGCCAAGGACAAGCCGGCGCCGCCUCCGCCGCCGCCCGGCGACGCGCCGCGCUGCCCGCGCUGCCAGAAGAGCCUGGCGCCGGCGGAGUGGGGCAAGCACUGGCGGCGGCACUACGCGCGCGACACGCGCCCCUUCCGCUGCGCGCUCUGCCAGGCCACCUACCGCGACCACUACAAGAUGCUCAAGCACGGGCUGACGCACAAGCCGGACGAGCUCCGCAGCGAGACGCCGCGCACCUCCGCCAAGAAGUUCCUGUGCGACAUCUGCCCGGAGACCUUCGUCUACAUGAGGUGCAUGCUGGCGCACCGGUCGCUGGCGCACCCCGAGGCGGCGGGCGCGCCGGCUCUGCGCUGCGGGCAGUGCGCGCGCGCCUUCGCGCACCCCAACUCGCUGCGGCGCCACGCGCGCACGCACUCGGGCGCGCGCGACCACCUCUGCAGCGUCUGCGGCAAGGCGCUCACCAGCCGCGAGCACCUCAAGUUCCACCUGCGCAUCCACACCGGCUACAAGCCCAACGUCUGCAAGACGUGCGGCAAGGGCUUCGUGAAGAAGUGCAACCUGAAGCUGCACGAGCGCGUGCACUCCGGGGAGAAGCCGCACGUGUGCUCGCACUGCGGCAAGGCCUUCUCGCAGCGCUCCACGCUCGUCAUACACGAGAGGUACCACAACGGCGCGCGGCCGUACGUGUGCUCGCUGUGCGGGCGCGGCUUCGUGGCGCGCGGCCUGCUCACCAUGCACCUCAAGACCGCCUGCGUGGACGCGCCGCCGCGCCACCGCCCCGCGCCCGCGCCCGCGCCCGCCCUGCACGCCGCGCCGCCCGCCCUCGCCGCCCUCAAAUUAAACACACGA